GCCGGCAGCCAUGUUCCUGAAGAGGGCGCUGCAGCUGCGGGGCCGGUGGGUCGGGGUCUGUGAGGAGGGGGCGUCCCGUAGCCGGGCGGCGGCGGAACGGGCCGGUGGGCGGGGGCGUCCCUGAGGGAGGGUGUAGGCCGCGGAGCCGGGCAGGUUGGGUGGGUGGAGCUGGGCGCAGGCUGGGUCACGUUUAAGGCCUGCGUGUAUGUUGCCAUUGAAAAAGAAGUGAAGCGUUUCUCUUGGGAAGGAAACCGUCCUGGGGGUGCUUACAGCCUGCAGUACCAGGAUCUUCAUCUUCCCGCCUGCGUGUAGGGACCGCGCUGCGGGGUAAGGCGUGUAGGAACUGCCGUGAGCGCGGGCUGUUUUUAGAAUGGGAAACAGGCUGCCUGCCUCUGUCACGCUGUCUGAUGCUGCUGCUGUGAAUCAGAUACAGGAGAUCAUCUCAGACAACUGCGUGGUGAUUUUCUCUAAAACAACAUGCUUCUACUGCAGAAUGGCAAAAAAGCUUUUUGAGGGUUUGAAUGUAAAUUACACAGCUGUAGAACUGGAUGUGAAUAAAAACGGAAGCCAGAUCCAAGACAUUCUUGAACAGAUGACGGGUGGCAGAACAGUGCCAAGAGUGUUUGUUAAUGGGUCUUUUGUUGGAGGUGCUACUGAUACUCAAAGACUUCAUGAAGAAGGCAAGCUGCUCCCAUUAGUUCAUCAGUGUCAAGUGAAAACAAAAUCCGGAGCUACUAUUUAGCCUCACUUUGUUGUCUUUUAUAUAAAAUGGGUAAAAAUGCAGACAAGGUAAAAAAUCACCGAGAUGUACUGCACGAGCUGGAGUUAAGCAGCUUCAAGCUGUGCUUUUUUGCAUCUCAAGUAAUUCUCUGCCCCAGACUCCAUGAAACUGACAAAGCUGUCUUCAUACCUCAGCUUUACCACAACAGCAGUUAACAUUAUGUAUCUCUUGGAACCACAAGUCUAAGCUAAUCAUGUUAUUUUUAUUGCUCUUGCAUCCUCAUAUUAUGCUUAAUGCUAUGAACUGUACAGGAGUUAAAGGUUUAAAGAAUCCUGGUGCUUUGGUGUUUUUUUUGUUCUCUGCAAAUUAGUUUUGUUUCUGGUUACUGUUACAUUACGUGGUCAGUACAGUGGCUCUGUGGGAGCCAGAAAGGAAUUGUGAAGCAACAGAUGUGACGUUGCUCUGUGUCAAACUUCACGAGUUCUGCUAUUUCUCCACUACUUGUGCUCAUUCAGGUGCUUCUGCCUCCUAUUAAAAAGCAGUGCCUACA